AUGCGUGCAUCAUCUACUAUCACCAGCACUGCAGCUGCAGUAGCUGCUUUCUCAGGCCUGGCAUCUGCAUUGAACGCCAACGCAAAAACUAACGUCGUCACAUACUGGGGACAGGGCCCUAACCAGGGCAGUCUUCAGGACGUCUGCAAGAACCCCAACGUCGAUAUUGUCAACAUCGGAUUCAUCAAUGUCUUCCCCGACCAAGGAGCUGGCGGCUGGCCUGGCUCAAACUUCGGCAAUGCUUGUGGUAGCGAGGUUUAUACUUACAAGGGCACAAAGACACAACUCUACUCUAACUGCCCCGAUAUUGGUACCGACAUCGCCAUCUGCCAACAGGUCUAUGGCAAGAAGGUCCUUCUGUCCAUCGGUGGUGGAUACCCUACCAACUACUUCAUCAAGGACGACACUAGCGCUACAAACUUCGCAAACUUCCUCUGGGGUGCCUUUGGUCCUGUCAAGAGCGAGUGGACCUCGACUGGCGGCCCUCGCCCCUUCGGUGAUGCUGUUGUUGAUGGUUUCGACUUUGACAUUGAGAGCGAGCUCUCUUCCGCCCCUGUUGUCAAUGGCAGAGCUCUCACCAACUACAAGACCAACGGAUACGUCAAGAUGAUCACCACCUUCAAGAACACUCUCUUCCCUCAAGAUGCUGUCAAGCCUUACUACAUCUCCGGUGCACCUCAGUGCAUUGUUCCCGAUGCACACUUUGCUGGUGUCGUCGAGAAUGCCUGGUUCGAUUUCCUUUUCGUCCAGUACUACAACACUGCUGCUUGCUCUGCUCGCCAGGCUAUCUCUUCAGGCACCUUCAAGGGCUACAACGACUGGACUGGUGUCAAGUCAAAGAACAACGAUCUCAAGCUCUUCGUUGGUCUUCCUGGAAGCACCGCUGCUUCAAGCGAUGCUAGCUACUACCUUCAACUUUCCGAGGUCAAGAGCCUUAUCAGCAAGGUUUACAGCAACACCAGAUUCGGCGGUAUCAUGGUCUGGGAGUCUACUUACGCAGCCAACAACGUCAUCUGCAACAGAAACUACCUCACCUGGAUGAAGCAGAUCCUGAACGCUCAGGCUGAUGGCACCUCUAUCAACACCGCUACCAACCCUUGCCCUGCUGCACCUGUCUCCAAGGAUGGUACUUGCGGUGGUUACAACGGAUACACAUGUGCCGGCUCUGCUUUCGGUUCAUGCUGCUCCAAGUACGGAUACUGCGGUUCCACAGCUGAUUACUGCAGCACUGCCAACUGUGAAGCCAAGUUCGGUAAGUGCGGCACUCAGGUCUCGUCUAGCUCUACCAAGAAGAUCUCUUCUACUAGCUCUUCCAAGAAGGUUUCGUCUUCUACUUCCAAGAAGAUCAGCUCUUCUACGAAGGCUAGCUCUUCCACUAAGAUCGCCUCUGUCUCUCGUGCUGGAAAGUUCGCCGCUGGUGACAACAACUCUACCCUUCUCGCCGGUACUGCUCCGGCAUCUGCCAUUAUUGCACCCAUUGGUACCGGAAUUGCUGCCGCUGCCGGAACUGGUGGUUUGAUCGGGACUGGCGUGACCGUCGUCGUUCCUCAAACUAUCUACGGAACUGCACCUGUUUCUGCCGCGAAGGUUCUUCCUUCAGCCGGCUUCCCUCAGGUCGCACCUUACUCUAACUCGACAUCUGGAAGAUUCGGCAACGCUGGCACCAAUGCCAACAACGCCAAUGGUGCUGGUGCCGUUCAAGUCAUUGACACUACUGUUUUCGUUACCCGUACUUUCUACCAGACUCAGGUCCAGCAGGUCACUCGUACCAAUGCUCAGGGCGCCGAGACUACCGAGUACGUUACCAAGACUGUCAACGAGUACACAACUGUCACUCCCGUCUCUACUAGAGUCGCUGCACCCAACUCUGGCAACUCGAACGCCGGAAAUUCGAAUGCCAACAACGCCAACGGCGCUGGCGAGGUGCAAAUUGUCGAGACUACUAUCUUCGUUACUCGCACUUUCUACCAGACCCAAGUCCAGCAAGUGACUCGCACCAACGCUCGAGGUGCCGAGACCACCGAGUAUGUCACUCAGACUGUUAGUGUCUACACCACUGUCACUCCUGUUGCCACCCAGAUCGCUACACCCAAGAAGGCCAACUCUGGCAACUCUUCCGGCUCAUCCGACUCGACUGCAGACCAAACAUGUCCACAACCACAACAACGGUCAAGACCACAAAGACCUUCACCGAUACCGUCCACANUCGCUGCCUCGGCCGCACCUUUCGCCUUCAACAACGCCACUGCCAACAUUUUCGCUCCUAGCGGCACCGCCAUCCUCAACGCCGCAUACACACCUGCAUCCAUCCAAUCUUCUUCUUCCUCUCCAGCUGUCUCUUCGUCUUCUGCAUCUCAAGUCAUCAUCCUCCAGACUCAAACUGUUGUUGCUGUUGCUCAGGACGCCGCCAACACUGCUCUUGCCGUUGCAGCCGCCGGCCCUACCGCCGGCACUGCAUCCAACAGCCGCAUCUAUGGCUCCAACAGCACAUCUGCUUAUGAGCGCUCGGCUAUGGAGUUGGAGAUGAAGGCUGUGGCCAAGGGUGCUGCAGACAACGUGCACACUGACAUUGGACUCUGCGUGUUGGCACUCUUCAUUGGCGCUUUCUUUGUCAUGUAA